AGGCAAACCGGGGAUCACAUGAGCAGAGAUCUGUUUACAAACUGAGGCUGGGAGGCUGAGGUAGCGAGAAACACAGCAGCUAACACUCUGGGACAACGAUAGCCUUGCUUCACACACACACACACAAUGCUCCACCCUACACCCAGUCCGGAGAGAGCAAGGAAUUCUGGAUGAACUGUUUUAUCAGCCAUUGUGGGUUUUUUGUUUUUCCUCUUCAAGGACUGAGGGACCAGAUGGUUUGAGGUGGCAAGAAAACACUCCCCCAUACAGGCUGCAUAUACAGUCAUACACGCAACCACAGACUUCUACACAACGACCAUUCUCUGUAUGAGGGUUUGUACGACGAGGACGUUUUUGUCUCCUUCUUCUUCUUCUUCUUUUCGGAGGGGCCCUGCGUAAGGAAUACCUUUGACGAAUCAGCCAUUUUCAGUACCAGACAAAAGAGGAGGACUUUUCCAAGAAGCAGAAUGACAUCAGAUGGACAAUGCUUGUCAAGAUCUAUUUAUUAGGACAUCACUGCAGGAGCCGGACAAAGACCAUUUCACAGGAUAUAGCUAAACGCCUGGCCUCGAUCCAAUCCUAGGGAUUCCUUUUCUUUUUCAUUUUGCUUUUAUUUCCUCCAACACUUUAGGAAGCAUCUUAAAGGAACACAAGACCUUGUAUGAGAUCAGACCUUCGUGUCUUAUAGGAGACUGAACUUCUUUUGCUGUGUAUGUGUGUGAGAGAGAGAGAGAGAGAGAGAGAGAGAGAGAGACUUUGAAUCUGUGAUUUCUUCGGAGUGUGUCACUUUAACACUCCAAUUGAGUCAUUCUCCAAACACAGGAAACGAUUAUCAAGGACACGACAUGGUCGCUUUGUCUUUGUGGCCGCGUGCACGCGAAGUCUUUUGUGCGGCGAUCGUGAACGACAGAAAACGAUGACGACGGAAAACGACGACUAAACACGAGCGGAGCGUCGAAGCUAAAUAAUUACCGAAAAGCCAGGUCUCCUCUACGAACUUCCGGAACUCGGAAACCUCGGACAUACAACGGAGUGUACUGAAAGUAAAAGAGAAAGAAAGAAAGAAAAGAAAACAUAGAUAUAGAUAUAUAGAUAUAUAUAUAUACCGUGAACUGUGUGAAAGUAUCAGCGCGGAGGCGCUUUCGAUUCGAUUUCCGUGUCAGAUUACAUGCAGCCAUUCCAAUGGUGUAACGGUUGCCCUUGUGGAGUAGGACUGCAGCAUUCACACUGCAAUAUGUCUUCCGAAGACUUGUACCAUUUGCCCCUCAACAUCUAUGUCAUCGUGCUGGGCAUCGGCUUGUUCAUCUUUAUGCUCAGCGUCAUCUUCUGUUGCUAUCUGUUCAGGUUGAAGCAACAAGACACAAGACAACAGUACAGCUACAAUGAGGUGGUGCUGAAAGGGGCAGGGAAGAAGCUGAGCCUUCUCGGACAACCCUGUGCAGUGUGUCUGGAGGAAUUUAAAGCCCGGGAUGAGCUGGGCGUGUGUCCGUGCUCGCACACCUUCCAUAAGAAGUGCCUGCUGAAAUGGCUGGAGAUUCGCAGUGUUUGCCCCAUGUGCAACAAACCCAUCAUGCGACUGCACAACACACCCCGUGGAGCAGAAGGCCCACAAGACCCCGAGGAGGUGUGAUCUGAUUUCCAGAAAAAAAAAAU